GCUUUACGUAGUACGGAUCCGGAAAAUACGUCUUUGUUUCUGGCUGGCAGAAACCAAUCGGGAAGACUGCAUCCAAAGCCUGAUUGGCCGGCCCAUUUGGCGACAAAGACCACCCAAGAUGUCACGUCGCACAGUCGCCUUAUGUCUACUCCCUUGAUAAGGCAGCCAUAGGGCGCUCGUCCUGGACCUACCGCCGUGGGGUUGGCAAUAAGUCUCAGAGAGAUGCGCGAAAGGGAAUGUUGCCAGAGCCUCGUCUGAACCUGCCUAUCCUCCACCACACCCCAGGCCAUGGAGAUCCAAAAGUUGUAUGCGCGCGAAAUUAUCGCCUACAAUGACGAGGAACUGGACCGUUAUCUUGAGGAGAACGGAAGGCACGUCUCUGUUCACGACCCGCAGAAUCUAACCGAGUCCUUCAUUCAGCGAUUGAGGGAUCGGGUUCGCCCAAACAACCAGGUCCAGUCUCGCCCCGUUGAUCUCGACCAAGUUUCAGCACGAUUGCUUCAGGCAACCACCUUCGACCAGGUGCCGGCCGAGGGGCACGGCGGCUUACCAGCCGAAUCUUCAUCCUCGGACGAUUCAGAGCAUGAGCUCCAGCGCAGGAUCGGGUGGGAAAGGGAGGCCUACGAUGAACUUGUCGACGAUGGUGCGCAUCCUUGGUACUCAAUCCACAUGAUGGAAGACAUCGGUAGGAAUCCGCAAAAAUACCGCGAGCUCUUGCGUUUCGCAAAGCCAAAUAAAUCAGAUUUAAUCGGACAGCAGUUGAUACGCUGGAGAAGAUUCCGCGAGUGGCAGGCGACCAUGAGAACCAGAUACAAAGGGCGCAUUUUGGACCUGACCCAGCGGGCCAAGGCAUUUUUCAACAAACACUCAAUCACGGUGCCGGCCGAGCUCAGCUUUGACGAAGACCCAAAGCAACAAGACAAGCUGACGGCAUGGAUCGAAUUCCUGGUUUGCGAGCAUGACUUUUACAAUAGGCGUUACGGUCAAAACAAGAAGUUGGCCAAGUGGUACCGCAAACAGUGGGAGACGCUCCUGGAAUCGGGAGUAGUAAAACCUCAUGAGACAGAGACGUUUAUCCUAAACGAAUCUUGGCAUCAACGCGAUAUCGAAAAGAGGCAGGCGAAUGACACCGUUGAAUAUGCAAAGGCGGCUUUGUUGUCGGCCCAGCAAGCCAUUGAUCCAGCGAGCCUUCAUCUGCUGCUCAGAAGAGGCUAGCGGCGGCGGAGGCCAAUCUCGACUCAGCUAAUGAAGAAAUG